AUGUUAAACGCUGUCAACUUUGCCCUGGAAAAACUAGAAAAUCUACAGCAGAAACUGUGUGUAACACUUGUCAAGUCAAUCUCUGUAAGGAAUGUCUCAACAAAAGCUCUCAUAAGAAAAGACUUAGAUGAACUUGAAGCAGACAUUGCGCCUGUCUAUGAAUCAAUUGUAUCUGGAAUCGAAGCAAUGUCAUUGAGUAUAAUCGAAAAACAUGAUGAAAGACGAAAAACUAUGCAUGACCUCAGUAAAACAUGUCACACAAUAGUAGACAAGGUCUUUGAAAAUGAUAACCAUGACAUAAUUAAACACAUGAACUCCGAAGGCAAACUGCUUAAAGAGAUUACAACAACAACAAGAACUGCACCAGCUGAUUUGACCGUUACCAGAGAGGGACAUUUGGUGUACAUUGACGGGGAGGAUAGAAAUAUCAACAUAGUAAAGAGUGACAGGACGGAAUGUCUUAUCAAGGAAAAAGACUGGAUACCUGGUGCCAUCUGCAGUACUUCCACUGGUGACCUUUUAUUACUUAUGAGAUCCGAAUACAGAGUGGAAAAGCCAACAAAAAGAAAAAUUACUCGUUUUUCUGGCUCUACUGUUAAGCAGGAAAUACAAUUAAAUACCAAAAACAAAAAAAUAUUAACAUCUCAUCUGGCGUUCAUUCAUGAAAAUAAAAACCUUGACAUCAUCUUGAGCGAUAUGCAUACAGAAUCGGUAAGAGUGUUAAGCAGUGAAGGACAGUUAAGGUUCACGUAUGAUGGAAACCCUCUUUUAAUGCAUUCAAAGAAAUAUGGAAAAUUUAUUCCUCGUGAUGUUACCACAGACAGAAAGGGUCAUAUUUUAAUUGCCGAUAGUGGUGCCAAUAUCAUACAUAUAAUUGAUCAGGAUGGACAAUUCCUUCUAUGUAUAGACAACUGUGGAUUACAAAAACCAUAUGGUCUUAGUAUAGACAAAAAUAACAUUUUGUUUGUUGCUGAACUGAAAACAAAAGCUAUCAAACAAAUUAAGUUUAUGUUGAAAUAG